GGCAUUCGAAAGCACUCGUCAAAGCAGAUCUCUCGCCUUGCCCGAACUCUCAUCGAAGGGUGGAAGCUAAUGGUGGAUAUGUGGAUGAGUGCUAAUGAUGAAGCUAUUGCUGCUGGAAAAAUUGCAUCAGGUUCCGGGAAUACCUCGGUUGUGGAUGAAGGAAAGGACCCUACACCCCCUCCUAAGGAAAAAGCCGCCGGUGAUGGAAAUCUGACCUAAUGAGGUUCGGCACAACUGUAUUUCUACAAUGCAGAGGAAAAAUACUCCAAAUAGCAAGCCACUAAAACCUCAUCAGGCUAAGGUCAUCACAACCGAGAAGAAUGGACCCAAAGUGGCAAGAAAAGAAACUGAGACCAGAAUGAUGACUAUAACCCCAAGUGAUGCAACUAAGCUGUGUAAUAACUUAAGUUCAGUUGAAGGUCAUCAAAAGCUUUCUUUGAGUGGUCCAACAAAUGAUGUGGAUGAAAUCUCAGUUCAAAUGAAACUUGAAGCUAGCAGGAAAAGGCUUCACGAUGGAUACCAACAAGCAGAGAAUGCCAAGAAGCAAAGAACGAUAAAGGUUAUGGACUUCAAAGACAUCCAGUUGAAGAGCCCUGGUAGUGGCAAACUCGGCCAUAUUAAACCUAAGAAGCCGAACUUAUUGCAAUUGCUCAGGCUAAAGCGAUAAAUGCUUGGACAUCACAAAGCAUGCAUACAGGAAUCCUACUAAACCUUUGGAAUUUUGAAGUCAUUGAUGGAAGAACAUCAAAACAUGUUUGUAACUGCAAAUGACAGCCACCUUCAUCCAUAGAUUUCCAUGACUGUUAAACAAGAAACUACUGAAGGAGAAAAUGAUUGUAUAUUCUGAGC